AAAAAGUCCUACUGUGAGUCAACUUUUUCAAUAUGUUCUACCUCAGUAUUUUGAGGUAAAGCAUUAACUAGCUUUGUUUUUUAUCCACAGUGGGCCUCAGUCCCAGCAGCGUGUUGGGAAAUUACGAGUCCCAGACCACACUGACGACGGACGGCCGAUCAGGAGACGACAGCUCCGAUGAGAUUGUUUCGGUCAUGAUGACGCCAAAGAACAGCAACAGGCUUCACGUCCCCCCCCGAGAAGUACGAGUCCUCGGUUCACAGAACAGCUGCUCUCUGUCUCCCCCUCUAAACUGUGUGAAGCCAAGGGAGAUUACUGUGGAGCUCAGAAAGAUAUCAGGAAGUCUGGGAAUGAGCAUCUCUGGUGGUAUCAACACCAACCUUCCGAAUGGAGGAAUCUACAUCAGAAGCCUUGUCCCGGGAGGGCCAGCUGAGAGAGACGGACGUUUACAUGCAGGUUACAGACUGCUGGAGGUGGAUGGGAUCAGCGUCCAGGGCUUCACCUACCAGCAGGCCGUGGAGUGUCUGAGGAAAACUGGGGAGGAGGUAACCCUGGUUGUGGACAAAGAGUUGAGGAAACUCCCCAGGGUCUCUCUGGUUGCAGACAACAUCAGCAGUGAAUCCAGUCAGAGCAUCUGUCCAGCUACCAGCCGGCUGAGGAUCAACAGCUGCUCGGCCAUUACUACUGCGUCGAACAGCAUCUCUGACCGGCCCAGGGACUACAGCUUUGUCACUGACGACAACACCCCGGGAAGUAACUCUGACUAA